UCUGAAAGUGUUGAGUGCUUCAAGAAUCCAACAUGGCGGACCUGCAUGAUCGCAAAGUAAAGGAUGCUCAGAUGCGGGCAACCAUCAACUCCAAGCUGGUAGAGACUGGAGAAAGGGAAAGGUUGAAGGAGCUGUUGAGGACUAGGCUGGUGGAGUGUGGCUGGAGGGACCAACUCAAACAGCAUUGCAAAGAGGUUGUACGACAAAAGGGGCUGGAGCACAUCACAGUGGACGACCUGGUGGCUGAAAUCACUCCGAAGGGCAGAGCACUGGUCCCUGACACGGUUAAGAAGGAACUUCUACAGAGAAUCAGAACAUUCCUGGCCCAGCAGAGCUGAGUGUCCAUCCGUCCAUGUAUCUCUUCAUGUAGGAAUGUGAACUGUCUGUAGUUUCAUGCAAUCAAUUUUAAAUGACAUAAAUUUAUGAAACUCCUUCAAUGAAAUGUUGGCUUAUUUGUGAUGAAAAACUCUGUCACUCAAAAUUUACAAUAUUCAUUUUAAUAUUGUUAAAAAUGCGUUUUUUUUCUCUGUCUUUUAAACCCUACGUUUUCUGCUAAUAAGAUGUAUAUAUUUAUUGUGAAAAUGUAAAUAUUUGUAAUAAAAUAUGUGUGCUUUAA